CAGCCCUCGUGUCAGUAGACUGUCUGUGUGUGGCACAGGAUAGCAUAGCUGGACGACGGGGAAAUGUGAGAUUGUCGAAGGAGUACAACGUUACACUUUUAAACGACCAAAACCUCUUCAAAAUCGGAAGUACGCUUUGGCACGAUUUUUUGGAUUACCCAUUCUUUCUUUUGUGAGGGGUUGCUCGCAGUCUGGAGUUUUAAGAAAGGAGGAAAAAGUCUCUGGGACCUGCAAAGAGAAGCAGCCGUCGAGAGUCGCUUCUGUUUUCAGAGAAAUGUUUAACGCGGUCGUCGUCGAGCAGGAACAUUCUCGAUUAUUAAACUCAGUUUUCUGGAUUUGAUACGACAAAAGGUUUUUCAUAACCAUCUUGAUUUAAUUUGCUGUUCGUGGAGCCACGUAACAGGAGCACCCCCAGAAGACACCAAUCCAGACUGGGAGGGGAUCAAACUGUGUGGAUCUUAAAACGAGGGGGACACUGUCGGGGUAUUUGCCCCCCCAGCGACCACUGGAAUCGGGCUUUGUGUCCGAAUACACCGCUGGUGAAAAGCGGCGUGCCAGAGAGCCGCACAAUUCACAGACCUACAAUAAAUAAGGGAUACAUUUCAAGAUGUAUCCGCAGGGCCGGCAUCCGGCGCCACACCAGCCUGGUCAGCCAGGCUUCAAAUUCACAGUGGCCGAGUCCUGUGACAGGAUUAAAGACGAGUUUCAGUUCCUCCAAGCCCAGUAUCACAGUCUAAAGGUGGAAUACGAUAAACUGGCCAAUGAGAAGACUGAAAUGCAGAGGCACUAUGUCAUGUACUACGAGAUGUCAUAUGGGUUGAACAUAGAAAUGCACAAACAGACGGAGAUCGCUAAAAGGCUGAAUGCAAUUUUGGCCCAAAUUAUGCCUUUCCUGUCCCAGGAGCACCAACAGCAGGUGGCACAGGCCGUUGAGCGUGCCAAGCAGGUCACCAUGACCGAGCUGAAUGCCAUCAUCGGGGUACGCGGACUCCCCAACCUGCCUCUGACCCAACAGCAGUUGCAGGCGCAGCACCUGUCGCACGCUGCCCACGGUCCAGUGGCGCUGACCCCCACCCCUCGGGCCCUGCAGCCGCCGGGCAUUCCGCCCGUCACAGGCUCCUCGGGCCUGCUGGCCCUGGGAGCGCUGGGCAGCCAGGCCCACCUGCCCGUCAAGGACGAGAAGAACCACCACGACCUGGAGCACAGAGAGAGCACGAAUAACUCCAUCUCCCCGUCAGACAGUCUGCGCACAGCCAGCGAAAAGCACCGUGGAUCCUCUGACUACAGCCUGGAGUCCAAGAAACGCAAAGUGGACGAGAAGGACAACAUGAGCCGAUACGACAGCGAUGGUGACAAGAGUGAUGAUCUGGUGGUGGACGUUUCCAACGAGCUCUCUCUCACUCAGCCGGGGUUUGACCACCCCCACAUGAGGGCUCCAGGUCUACCAGCCAGUCUCACCGCCAUCUCUGGAGGCAAGCCAGCGUACUCCUUCCACGUCAGCGCUGACGGUCAGAUGCAGCCCGUGCCCUUUCCGCCGGACGCGCUGAUUGGCCCGGGCAUCCCGCGGCACGCCCGGCAGAUCAACACGCUGAACCACGGCGAGGUGGUGUGCGCCGUCACCAUUAGCAACCCCACACGGCACGUCUACACCGGCGGCAAGGGCUGCGUCAAGAUCUGGGACAUCAGCCAGCCGGGCAGCAAGAGUCCCGUCUCCCAGCUCGACUGCCUGAACCGUGACAACUACAUCCGCUCGUGUAAGCUGCUUCCCGACGGGCGCACACUCAUCGUGGGCGGGGAGGCCAGCACGCUGACCAUCUGGGACCUGGCCUCGCAGACGCCGCGCAUCAAGGCCGAGCUGACCAGCUCGGCGCCCGCCUGCUACGCCCUGGCCAUCAGCCCCGACGCCAAGGUGUGCUUCUCUUGCUGCAGCGACGGAAACAUCGCCGUCUGGGACCUGCACAACCAGACACUCGUCAGGCAGUUCCAGGGUCACACGGACGGAGCUAGCUGCAUCGACAUCUCCCACGACGGCACCAAGCUGUGGACGGGCGGCCUGGACAACACAGUCCGCUCCUGGGACCUGAGAGAGGGACGGCAGCUGCAGCAGCACGACUUCACCUCUCAGAUCUUCUCCCUGGGCUACUGUCCGACGGGCGAGUGGUUGGCCGUGGGCAUGGAGAGCAGUAACGUCGAGGUUCUCCACCACACCAAGCCCGACAAGUACCAGCUGCACCUCCACGAGAGCUGUGUGCUCUCGCUCAAGUUCGCCUACUGUGGAAAAUGGUUCGUGAGCACGGGGAAGGACAAUCUGCUCAAUGCAUGGAGGACUCCAUACGGCGCCAGCAUAUUCCAGUCAAAGGAGUCAUCGUCGGUCCUGAGCUGCGAUAUCUCGGCAGACGAUAAGUACAUCGUCACGGGCUCAGGCGAUAAGAAGGCCACUGUCUACGAGGUCAUCUACUGACACGCUUCUGCAAUAGCAGCAGCAGCGCUGGAACCGGCCCUGUGGGAGGACAGCAGGAGGGGGGGGCAGACACAGACACACACACCACACACACACCGUACAUACACGCUUGAUACUCUCUCUCAAACACACACACACACACAUACAUGUACAUACACGCUUGAUACUCUCUCUC